GGCGGGGCUAUGCAAAUGAAGUCGCGUGGCCCCGGCGCACCUCCGGCCAUGGCGGCGCGGAGCGAGAGCGCGGAGCCACCCGAACCUCAGCGCCGCGAGCCGCGGCUGCGGGAAACCCCCGCCGACAUCGGCCUGCCCGCCGCCGCCAACGCCAUCGCGCUGCACCCCGCCCGCCCGCUGCUGGCGGCGGGAGAUGUAGACGGCGACGUCUACCUGUACUCGUACUCCUGCACCGAGGGGGAGAACCGGCAGCUCUGGUCGUCGGGACAUCAUCUCCGGUCCUGCCGGGAUGUGGCCUUCACCCCAGAUGGGCAGCGGCUUUUCACUGUGGCCAAGGACAAGGCUGUCCACGUCCUGACGGUGGAGGAGGGGCGGCUGGAAACACGCAUCCCCAAGGCCCACGGCUCAGCCCUCAACUGCGUGCUGCCCAUUGAUGACCACCUCUUUGCCACUGGUGACGACAAUGGGAUGCUGAAGGUGUGGGAUCUACGGAAGGGGGAUGCCGUCCUGGAGGCUCGGCAGCAGGAAGAGUACAUCAGUGCGAUGGCUGUGGACGCGAACAGGAAGAUCCUGCUGACCACCAGCGGAGAUGGCACACUGGGCGUCUUCAAUGUGAAGAGGCGGCGCUUUGAGCUCGUCUCAGAGCCACAGAAUGGGGACCUAACCUCUGUUGCGCUGCUGAAGAGGGGAAAGAAAGUGGCAUGCGGCUCCAGCGAAGGCACCAUCUACCUCUUCAACUGGGAUGGCUUUGGGGCCGCCAGCGACCGCUUUGCACUGAGAGCCGAGUCUGUUGACUGCAUGGUCCCUGUCACGGACAGCAUCGUCUGUGUGGGGUCCCUGGACGGAGUCAUCAGGGCGGUGAACGUGCUGCCCAACCGCGUGUUGGGUUGUGUGGGGCAGCACCCCGGGGAGCCGGUGGAGGGGCUGGCGCUGGCCCCAUGCGGGCGGCUCCUGGCCAGCUGCGCCCACGACCAGAAGGUGAAGUUCUGGGAUGUCUCGGCAUUGGUGGGACUGGUGGUGGACGACUACCGCAAGAAGAAGAAGAAGGGUGGCCCACUGCGGGCGCUGAGCGGGAAGGCAGCAGGCAGCGGGCAGGACUUCUUCGCUGGGCUGCGUGAUGAGGAGGAGGUGGCGGCGGGGAGUGGCGGCGAUGACAGCGAUGAUGACAGCGAUGGUGGUGGGGGCUGAGGGGUGGUGUCUUGGACAUGAGAGACAGUGUUUAUGGGGUGGCAGAGGCA